AUGAGAGACAUGGAUAUGCAAGAGAGUAAUCAGGUGAGUGAUGCAGGGGAUGAGAACAUGGUUGACGCUGUGGUUGAAUCGCAUAACAACAGAGAUGAUGUAGGAGGAAUUGUUGCUGAUAAUCUAAGAACAGGAGACCUUGGAUUCAGUGGUGAUCUUGAUCUUGAGCCAAGGAAUGGUAUUGACUUCGAGACGCACGAGGCGGCGUAUUCGUUUUACCAAGAAUACGCCAAAUCUAUGGGCUUUACUACAUCGAUAAAGAACAGCAGACGCUCCAAGAAAACCAGAGAUUUCAUCGACGCCAAGUUUGCUUGUUCUAGAUACGGUGUGACUCCUGAGUCUGAGAGUGGUACUACUAGUAAUCGAAGGUCGAGUGUGAAGAAAACUGAUUGCAAAGCGAGUAUGCAUGUGAAGAGAAGACCUGAUGGGAGAUGGAUAAUUCAUGAGUUUGUGAAAGAUCACAACCACGGGCUUCUUCCUGCUCUUGCUUAUCAUUUCCGGAUUCAGAGAAAUGUCAAGUUAGCUGAGAAGAACAACAUCGACAUUCUUCACGCGGUUAGUGAAAGGACCAGGAAGAUUCGAGCCAUUGAAUUGAGUGAAGAAGGUUGUGUGUCAGAAGAAAACUACAACAUCAUAUUGCGCACACUAAUUGAGACCCUGAAGAAUUGUGUUGAUCUGAAUAACUCUAGAAACAACAUCACUGAGUCUAAUAGCCAGCUUAAUAAUGGUGCUCAUGAAGAACAAAACCAGGUAAUGGCCGGCGUAAAAGCAGCAAAAAAGAAGACUGUUGUCAGGAAAAGAAAGGGACAACAAGAAGCUAGCCAAGUGCUUGAAUCUCAACAGAGCUUGCAACCAAUGGAAAGUUUAAGUUCAGAGGGAAUGAGCAUCAAUGGUUACUAUGGUCCUCAACAGAACGUUCAAGGAUUGGGACAAUUGAAUUCCAUAGCACCGGUGCAAGAUAGCUACUUCACGAAUCAGCAAGCGAUGCCUGGACUGGGCCAAAUCGAUUUCAGGCCUCCUCCCAGUUUCACUUACAAUUUACAGGAUGAGCAUUUGAGAUCUAACCAAUUGCCUGUUUUGUCUCACGAAGCGGUUUCCAAACAUGAGAAAAGCUCACAGAUCUUCUUUCAUGGAGCUGUGUUGCAACUGACAAGACAAAAUCUUUUAGAUUUGCUUAAACAGAGAGAUUCAAUGGAGAAAGUGAAUCAAACAUUCUUCCUGUCUCAUGGAUCUCCAACAUUGAGCAUAGACGAUUCCUUGGAAGCGAGACAAUUUUUCAAAUCAUGGUCCGACAAAGUUUUCCCGCAGAAACCUAAAUCGAUUUUAGUCAUCUCCGCUCAUUGGGACACCAAAUAUCCAUCUGUCAACACUGUUCUUCGCAAUUCCACCAUCCACGAUUUCUAUGGCUUCCCUGAUCCCAUGUACAAGCUGAAAUACGAAGCACCAGGAGCGAUUGCAUUGGGAAAGAGGGUUAAAGAAUUGCUAAUGGGAGAAGGAGGAAUGAAGCGUGUUGAUGAAGAUACAAAGAGAGGUCUUGAUCAUGGAGCUUGGGUUCCUCUUAUGUUGAUGUAUCCAGAGGCUGAUAUACCCAUUUGUCAGCUCUCUGUUCAAUCAUCUCAAAAUGGGAGUUACCAUUACAACAUGGGCAAAGCAUUGGCUCCAUUGAAAGACGAAGGUGUUCUUAUCAUUGGCUCUGGAAGUGCUACUCAUAACUUGAGGAAGCUUGACUUUAAUAUCACUAAUGGCUCAGCUGUUCCUUGGGCUUUGGAGUUUGAUAAUUGGCUUAGAGACUCUCUUGUGCAAGGAAGAUAUGGAGAUGUGAAUGAUUGGGAAGAGAAAGCUCCAAAUUCGAAAAUGGCGCAUCCAUGCCCUGAGCAUUUUUAUCCUUUACACGUUGCAAUGGGUGCAGCAGGUGAUGAUGCUAAAGCAGAGCAGAUCCACACAAGUUGGCAACUUGGUACUUUGUCUUAUUCUUCUUAUAGCUUCACUUCUUCCAUUUGAAACAUUUAUUCAUCUCUAUCUCCUUCACUUGUAGUCUCUUCUUCUCUGAUUAAAGCUGUUGUGUGUGUAUUUCUCUGUAAUAAUCCAAAUCAUGUGUUGUAUUCACAUACAAUACGACCCCCUCUAUGUACUACUUUAAUGUAUGAAUAUGCCAUGUGAAUUUGAAUAAAUUGUGUUUCUUUGUAAAACAUAUAGAAGCAUUUGUGUACGGAUCAAACGUAUUUAUCCUUUAAUCUUUAUUUGUACUUAUCAUACCACCACACAAAGGCGAAUCUUGUACAAAGCAUGAGAGAGC